GGACGGCGUCACGUGACGUCAACAAGCGAGCACGCACGCGCAUCAUCAACGUGACGAGGACCCGCCAGAGAAUGUGUGUGUAAGUUUGUUUGUAAACUCUACAACAAAAGCCCUCUUUAGUUCAGACUCGUAGCCGCCUAGGUCACGGUUUAUCCGCAUUGAAACGUUUCAGAAUCCAAACCGGGUUUGGAUGAACUCCUGCAGUGUAACUCCCUAAACGCUAGCGGAACUGGCUAGCGGAACUAGCCGCUUAUCGCUUACCAUCAUCCCCCUGCUCAUGCUAACAGCCGUCUGGUGAUUUACCGGAGAUUGUAGAGACUUUAUGUUCAGGUUUCAAACAAGACUGAGUACCAAACCACAGAAUUUUCACUAUGUAGCGGACCAGCCAUAGUGCCCUGUUCUUUUUUCGGAUUCAUGGAAUCAUCCUGAAAGAGUUAAACCCGUCCGACCGACUGACUUUGCAUCUAGAAAUCGGCAAACAUAGCCAAACGCGAUGAUGAGCGCUUCCAAGCCGGAUAUCCUGUGGUCCCCGCAUCAUGCCGACCGGUUCGUUGUGUGCGACUCCGAGCUGAGCCUGUACCGGAUCGGGCCCGCUGGCGCUUCGGAGGCCAAAGGGGGCGCUCUGCAGCUGUCAGAGGAGACGGCGGCGACGCUUCUGGCCGUCAACUCGGACACGCCGUACAUGAAAUGCGUUGCCUGGUACCCAAAGUCUGAGCCGGAGUGUCUGCUGGCUGUGGGUCAGGCCAACGGCCGAGUGGUCCUCACUGGCCUCGGGCAGAGCCACGGCUCCAAAGGCAAGGAUCUGACAGGGAAGGAGUUUGUGCCAAAGCACGCGCGCCAGUGCAACACGUUGGCGUGGAAUCCCGCGGACAGCAACUGGCUCGCAGCGGGACUCGACAAGCACCGGGCAGAUUUCUCCGUGCUGAUCUGGGACGUUGGCGGCAGACACCCGCCCGAAGCGAUGCAGGCCGAGAAGCCGCGCCUUUCCGGAGACGCCGACCCGUGUGCGGCAGCCACCAAACCGCUGUACGAGCUGGGACAAAACGACGCCUGCUUGUCUCUGUGCUGGCUGCCCCGAGACCACCCGAAACUCCUGCUGGCCGGAAUGCAUCGCAACCUGGCCAUCUUCGACUUGCGCAACACGAGCCAGAAGACCUUUGUGAACACCAAAGCCGUUCAGGGUGUCGCGGUGGACCCGCACUUCCCCGAGCGUGUGGCGUCCUUCUUCGAGGGCCAGGUGGCCAUCUGGGACCUGCGGCGAUUUGAGAAGCCGGUGUUCACGCUCCCUGAGCAGGCCAAGCCCCUGACCAAAGCGGCGUGGUGUCCGACGCGCACUGGCCUCCUGGCCACCCUGACGCGCGACGCCAACGUUGUGCGCCUCUAUGACAUGCAGCACGCGCCCGCGGGCCCCGUUGGCUCGGAUGAAAGCGAGCCCACGGUGAUUGAACGCGGGGUGCAGCCAGGAGGCGACGUUGUUAUAAGCAGCUUUGCCUGGCAUCCGUCCACCCAGAACCGCAUGGUGGUGGUGGCGCCCAACCGCUCCAUGUGCGACUUCACCGUGUUUGAGCGCGUCUCGCUGGCCUGGAGCUCCUCAACGGACCUCGUCUGGGCGUGCGGGCGACACCUGUACGAGUGCGCUGAGGACGCAGGGGACGUCGCCGCCGAGAAGGACGUUGCCACUAAAAUGAGGGAGCGCGCUCGAUCCCGCUACGGCCACGACACCGUUCAAGUGUGGAGGAACCACUUGCUGGCCGGCGGGAAUGACCCGCAGAUCAGGUCCCUCUGGUACACUUUGCAUUUUAUGCAGCAGUACACCGAGGAGACGGAGCAGAGACAGCAGGGAAACAAACAGUCUCUGAUCUACUCAGGCAUCAAGAACAUAGUCAAAUCCUGCUCCGGCACGACGGAGUCACGGCGCCGCUGGAAGGGCUCGGAGAGGACGGCGGAUGCGACGCAGUACCAUGGCGAGGAGCGUGGCCUGGCCCUGCGGCUGUGCGGCUGGAUCGGACGAGGGCCGGACGUAGACGUUGAGCCGUUUCUCAGGUCUCUUGAGCAGGAGGGCGAGUGGGAGCGAGCCGCCUCCGUUGCACUCUUCAACCUCGACAUCCGCCGAUCCAUCCAGAUCCUCCAGAAAGGCGCUCAGGCGGAAAAAGGCGACCCGAACCUGAACGUGGUGGCCAUGGCUCUGUCGGGAUACACGGACGAGAAAAACUCCCUGUGGAGGGAGAUGUGCGGCUCACUGAGGCUGCAGCUGAAAAAGCCCUACCUGUGCUCCAUGUUCGCGUUCCUGACCAGCGAAGCGGGGGCGUACGAUGGCGUGCUGUACGAGAGCCGCGUGGCCGUGAGAGACAGGGUGGCCUUCGCCUGCAUGUUCCUCAACGACAACCAGCUGUCCCGGUACGUCGACAAGCUGACGGACGAGAUGAAGGAGGCGGGAAACCUGGAGGGCAUUUUGCUGACGGGCCUGACCAAGGACGGGGUGGACCUGAUGGAGAGUUACGUGGACCACACGGGAGACGUGCAGACCGCCAGUUUCUGCAUGCUCAGGGGAUCGAGCCCUGAAGUGGUGAAGGACGCACGCGUACAGUGCUGGAUCGAGAACUACCGAGACCUGCUGGACGCCUGGAGGUUCUGGCACAAGCGGGCCGAAUUCGACAUCCACAGGAGCAAGCUGGACCCCAGCUCCAAGCCUCUCGCUCAGGUGUUUGUGAGCUGCAACUUCUGCGGGAAGUCCAUAUCAUUCGGGUGCUCAGCCGCACCCCACCAGGGUCGCGGGUUCGGUCAGUACGGGGUCGGCGGCUCGCCCGCCAAGUCGAAGGUCACCAGCUGUCCGGGCUGCAGAAAACCCCUGCCGCGCUGCGCCCUGUGCCUCAUGAACAUGGGAACGCCGGCAUCCUCCCGCGCAGUUUCCAAUCGACGAGGCGAUAAAACACGCAGUUCUGCGGCACCAACGGAGUCGCUCUCCCCUCGGGCAGGUGCGGGGAAGUCUGACGAGAAAGCAGACCUGCCGAGAGAAAAGAAGCUGGCUCAGUUCAACAACUGGUUCACCUGGUGCCACAACUGUCGACACGGAGGCCACGCCGGUCACACGCUCAGCUGGUUCAGAGACCACAGCGAGUGCCCUGUUUCAGCUUGUACCUGUAAAUGCAUGCAGUUGGACACGACCGGCAACCUGGUGCCCUCAGACAACAUCUGAUGGACAGCCAAAAAGCAACCACACCUCAAACUUGUUCUACAGCCUCAUCACCAGCAUCUUCUGUCCUGAUCACAAAAAACAAAAGCAGACAAUUAAUAAAAAGCUUGCGUGCA